AAUGACCGAACAAAAUAAAUUUACUCUUGGAUAAAGUGCAGAAGUACUUCAAUAUACUGAAUAACAAGUUUAAGAUGCUGAUAUUCUAUUGAAUAGGUAAAUACAUUAAAAAUACAUUAGAUUAUUAGUAAAAUCCUUUACAUAUACAAGUGCAGGGUUAUUUAGUGGAUCAUUAUUAUCCAUCUUCUUCAAAAAUAAAGUAGGUGUCAUUGGCUAUUCUGCUGGAAUAGGUUUAGGUUUAGCCUUGCAUUAAUAUAGCAAUGGACUCUUCGAUACUGUCAGAAGAUAAAUUUGAA